GCACGCCGGGUUCCGUGACGCGCAGUUGGAUGUGAGUUACGAGCGCAGCCGCAUGGGUAGACGAUUUAAAUAGUGGUUAGAGAAGUCAAGCGUGAAGCACAGCGGCUCAAGAAAAGCCUCAAUCAAACAGUGACCCGGUGUAAAAACACCACGAGAGCUAUCAUGACUGACAGGAAGGCAGUAAUAAAGAAUGCUGAUAUGUCUGAAGACAUGCAGCAGGAUGCAGUGGAUUGUGCCACACAGGCUAUGGAGAAGUACAACAUUGAGAAAGACAUUGCUGCUUACAUCAAGAAGGAAUUUGAUAAGAAGUAUAAUCCAACAUGGCACUGCAUUGUGGGACGGAACUUUGGCAGUUAUGUGACGCACGAAACAAAGCAUUUCAUCUACUUUUACUUGGGUCAGGUGGCUAUUCUUCUCUUCAAGUCUGGCUGAGGAACAACUGCCAUUCAUGAAAGCUUGGACAUCAGCUCCAAACCUGGACUGUGAUGCACUGAUGGCUUGAGCCACAUUCAUACACACACACACACACACACACACACACACACACACCACUUUCAUACAUGCAUACACACACACACCAAACGCUAACAUUCUGUCCCACAUACACAUUCAUGACUUUAGCUAUAGAGGCUGUGCAUAAUGCAUGGGCCAUGUGUAAUAUUUAAUUUGUAUAUGUUGCAAUACAGUAACUUUUGCUUUCUGUAGUUGCACGAGUUGAAGCAACAAGACAUGUUUUUUGUUAAUUUUUCCAAGUCCAGAUUUGUUUUUGCACUGAAGUUGUACAAAAUGCUUUAACCGCUGCCUUUAAAUGAUAUUAAAGAUUACGUCAUACA